AAAAAAAUCCACGACUGUCAGAUGACAAUGGCAACUAUGACGGAUACUUACGGUACCACUGGGACUCUAUCCCUGAAAUGGGACCCCAAGAACUUGGAGAUCAGGACCACAUCCGUGGAGAGAACUCUGGAGCCCCUUGUGUUCCAAGUUACCACCCUUGUGAACAGCAAAGACCGUGCUGCUAAAAAGAAGAGACCGGGUAAAUCUAAACGUGCUAGCGCUCUAGUUGCCACCGUAGAGCGAGCAACGGAGAUUUUCAUAGAGCGGGGGCAGACCAUCGCUUAUGAGAACCCGGAGAUCACUCAGGAGAUGCUGACCGCUGUGGAGGAGGUCCGGAAAGCUGGCGCGGCCAUGUCGCUGGCCGCGCGCGAGUUCUCCGAGGAGCCGUGCGCGUCCGCCGUGCGCUCGGCCAUGGUGCGGUGCGCGCGCGCACUGCUCUCCGCCGUCACGCGGCUGCUGAUCCUGGCGGACAUGGUGGACGUGAGGCUGCUGCUGUCCAAGUUGCGCACUGUGGAAACUGACUUGGACAAGUUAAAAUCCGCAUCUUCGCAAUCCGAACUGGUGGAAUCCGCGCGGCAGUUCGGCCGCUCGGCCAACGAGCUCGCCGCGCAAGCUGCGAAACGACAACACGAGCUUAAGGAGCCCAGGAUGAAAGAUGAACUGGCCGCGGCUAGAGCGGUUCUGAAGAAGCACUCCACCAUGCUGCUUACUGCCUCCAAGGUGUACGUGCGGCACCCCGAGCUGGCGGCCGCGAAGGCCAACCGCGACUUCGUGCUGCGCGCCGUGUGCUCCGCCGUGGACGCCAUCGCCGCCGCCGCGCACGGCCGCCCGGCGCCUGCGCACGGUAACAAUCGCGCUCCGGUCGAGGGCCCCGGGGAAUUGGCCCAAGCGCUCGACGAUUUUGAUGAGCGCAUGGUGAUGGAACCGCUCGCUUACUCGGAGCUGCGCACGCGUCCGUCGCUUGAAGAAAGGCUGGAGUCCAUCAUUUCUGGCGCAGCACUGAUGGCUGAUAGCUCUUGCACCAGGGACGAGCGUCGCGAGCGCAUAGUGGCGGAGUGCAACGCGGUGAGGCAGGCGCUGCAGGACCUGCUGCACGAGUACAUGACCAACGCGGGCAAGCCCGAACAAUCGGAGGGCUUGGAGCGCGCCAUCGAGAACAUGUGCCGCAAGACGCGCGACCUCCGCCGGCAGCUGCGCAAGGCUGUCGUGGACCACGUCUCAGACAGUUUCUUGGAGACCAAUGUGCCUCUGCUGGUGCUGAUGGAAGCCGCCAGGAACGGCAACGAGAAGGAAGUGGAAGAGUACGCGCUCGUGUUCACAGAACACGCCAACAAAUUGGUGGAGGUGGCCAAUUUGGUGUGCUCUAUGUCAAACAACGAAGAUGGCGUCAAAAUGGUGCGCCACGCCGCCGGCCAGAUCGAGGCUCUGUGCCCGCAGGUGAUCAACGCGGCCCGCGUGCUCGGCGCCCGCGCACGCUCCCGCGUGGCGCAGGAGAACGCGUCCGCCUUCGCGCGCGCGUGGGAGGCGGCCGUGCGGCUGCUCACCGACGCCGUGGACGACAUCACCACCAUCGACGACUUCCUGGCCGUCUCCGAAAACCACAUCCUGGAAGACGUGAACAAAUGCGUGGUGGCGCUCCAGGAGGGCGAUCCUGAUUCCCUCGAGCGGACCGCCGGCGCUAUACGGGGAAGAGCCGCCAGGGUUUGCUCUGUGGUCACCCAGGAGAUGGACAAUUACGAGCCAUGCAUUUACACCAAGCGUGUUCUAGAGGCAGUCACCGUGCUCAGAGAUCAAGUGAUGUCAAAGUUCGCCGUGCGCGUCGACGCGGCGGUGUCCGCCCUCGGCGGCGGCGCCGGCGCCGGGCUCGAUGAGAACGACUUCAUAGACGCCUCUAGAUUGGUUUACGACGCGGUCAGGGAGAUCAGGCGCGCUGUUCUCAUGAAUAGGGACGAAGAGGAGUUGGAUCCAGAGGACGUUGAACUUGACGAACACUACACGCUGGAGACGCGCAGCAAAUCGAGCGCUCACACUGGCGAGCACGGCGUGGAUGAGUACCCGGAUAUCAGCGGCAUUACUAAUGCCCGGGAAGCCAUGAGAAAAAUGACCGAGGAGGACAAACGCAAGAUAUUGCAGCAAGUUGAGUUGUUCCGCCGCGAGAAGAUGACCUUCGACAACGAGGUGGCCAAGUGGGACGACGCCGGCAACGACAUCAUCAUGCUGGCCAAGCACAUGUGCAUGAUCAUGCUGGAGAUGACCGACUUCACCAGAGGCCGCGGUCCCCUGAAAACUACAAUGGACGUCAUCAACGCGGCUAAGAAGAUCUCGGAAGCUGGCACUAAGCUUGACAAGCUCACAAGGGAAAUCGCUGAACAGUGCCCAGAAUCGUCGACGAAGCAAGAUCUACUGGCAUAUCUCCAGCGCAUAGCUCUGUACUGCCAUCAGAUUCAGAUCACCAGCAAGGUGAAGGCGGACGUUCAGAACAUAUCCGGGGAGCUCAUUGUCAGCGGGUUGGACAGCGCGACGUCCCUGAUCCAAGCGGCCAAGAACCUGAUGAACGCGGUGGUUCUCACCGUGAAGGCCUCCUACGUCGCCUCCACAAAGUACACCAGACAGGGCACCAUCGCUUCUCCAAUCGUGGUGUGGCGCAUGAAAGCCCCGGAGAAGAAGCCCCUGAUCAGGCCCGAGAAGCCGGAGGAGGUGCGCGCCAAGGUCCGCCGCGGCAGCCAGAAGAAGCAGCCCAGCCCGGUGCAUGCGCUGGCCGAGUUCCAGAGCCCGGCCGAGAGUGUUUAAGGCGGCGGCUAUCGGGUUAUUUAUUUCACACGUGCGUAACGUAAGAUAAAAGUGAUUAUUUAUCAAUUAUUAUUAUAUAGAAAGCUCAUUUAUUAGUAUUAUUCGUGAUUACUGUAAUAUGAACGCGUCCACAUUACGACAAAUUGGGUUUGAAAAUUUAUUUAUCUUUGUAUAAAAAAAUGUCGUAUACUUAAAACAUUUUGCCACCGUCAGCCCAUAUGACAAAUGUUCAUGAGAUAUGUUCAUCUCAAUCUCUUAUUUUAGCCCUUUAAGAUUUCGAGGUUGGCAUUAAAAUGAUCUGAGAAAGUAAUAGAGAAUUGACUGAAUGGAUCAACUAAUUUCUCUCAAAGAAUAAUCCCAUGAUUAUUUUUAUUUUCUAUUUCCAAUCACCCAUAUCGGGAAAUAUCUUUAUCAUUUUCUGAUUUCAUCUUUAUUCAGGUAGGUACAUAUAUAAUGUAGGAUGUAUUUUACGCGUGAAACAAGAAUCUGCCAAAAUUGUGAUUAUUUGCAUUUUAAAUAGAAACCAUUUUACACUUUCUCGAAUGUGUAUGAAGAAAACGAAAAAAUGUGCGUUAGCCGCUUCAUUUAUUAAAAGUAAACUUUAAGAUGUUAACAGUAAAAAUUUUUAAGACUUAUCACAUUUUUAACACAGUUUUUGUAGUUCUAGAAUUCUCGGAAUAACGAUCGAGAAAUUGUAUUUAAAUAUAGUUUUAUUAUAAUAUUGUAUGUUCUUUGACAUUAGAGUGAAUAAAACAAUAAGGCCGCCAAAUUUUGAUUAGAGACUAGCCGUUUUAUAUGAAUAAAAAUCUACAUAAUCAAUAUUAACUAUAUUACGAGUAUAUAUACAAUAAUAAUGUUCUUUAUACUUGAUGUGACAAAAACCAUGUUUGAUCCGCGAAGGUCUAGUUUGAAGUUUGUAGGUCCUGUGUAACAAUUUCUCGCCAGAUAAAAAGUACAAUAAAAUGACCUUUAUAAAAAUAUUUUGAAUUUAAUUUUAGUAUGGCAACACUUACACUUAUACCGCCGCUAAGUCCAUAUUUUUUGUAAAUUCUUUUUAUUAGUUAAAAAAGUUUAAUAAUUUUUAUGUUAUGUUUAUUACUGUUUUUGAUAUUUACGAAGUUGUCACACAUUAAACGCCAUAGCCUUUUCGGAUUGGACAUGGCUUUUGUUAAUGUACAUCUUCGCAACACUGGUACACUCUUAUCUAAAACUCACAUUUUUUAAACAAGUGUUUCAUAACGUUUUACACCGUCUAGAUUGAAAAGGAAUCCCAUCGAUUAGGAAAGCUCAAAAUUGCUACGAAAGUUUUUGUAAUUAAGGUAAAAUAUUUAAUAAUUAUAGUCAUAAGUGUAGGUAGUGUUUAUGCGCGUGAAUCGGGAAUGCAUGAUCCAAGCCUCCCAUUUCAAUAAGGACACGAAAAUAAGACGAGAAUUACUGACCUUUACUCCUGGGUCGAACGAACCUGCGGAUUCACGAACGUUGAUAAAGUUAUAUCUUUCCUCUCUCUCUAUCUGCGUGGUUCACCGAAGAGUAAAAAAGAGAUAGAAGAUAAACGAUCGAGACCGUUUUUGCCAAGGAGAAUGAUGAAAUGGGAACGCUUGAGUGUCGUACAAUAAUAAUGGACAUGGAUAGCAAUGUUAUCGGUCGAAAUUAUUGUAUUUUUCAAGAUGAAUGUUUUUAAAUAUCGCAAUGGCGACUUUACAAGUAAUAGUAGUAAACAGUGACUAUAUUAUAUUUACUCUUGCUAAAUACGCUUGGCCGCCAUCUUGAGCGAUCCGCCAUAUUAAAGUAAUCAAAUGAACUAUCUGGCUCUAUGCGAAAUCAUGGUUUGAUAAAAUAAUUUCGAUUGAUAAUAUGUUUAUUAAUAGCAAUAUUAUGUAUGGAAAUUAAGUAUUAUAGGAAUACAUUAAGUAUAUAAAAAUAAAUUUAUUCAAUAUUAUUUGUAUUUCACGUUUUCAAUUCAGAUUACAUAGUUUGGUUUUUUUACUGAACAUAUAU